UAACAGAAAAUACUUUGAAACUCGCCACAAGAGUCACAAAGUUGGAGUUAAGAAUUAUCUUGAAAAUUAUGAACACAGUGAGGAGAAUGUAACAGCAACUUUAGUCCGCCAUGCAUUGGAACUUCCUUCGCAUUGGAUGAUGUUUAGAUUAGAGACAAGAUGGUACAUUAACGUUUAUGAGAAAAUGCCAAACGCUAAUCCUCUUUUGCUCGAGCUUGCCAAGUUGGACUUCAACAUUGUUCAAGCAACACAUCAAGAAGAUUUAAGAGAUGUAUCAAGGUGGUGGAAGAACACAUGCCUAGCAGAGAAGUUGCCAUUUUCAAGAGACAGAUUGGCGGAAUGUUUCUUUUGGACAACAGGGAAAGUAUUUGAGCCUCAACAAGGACACUGCCGAAUAAUGCUCACUAAGAUCAAUGCUUUUGUUACAACCAUUGAUGAUAUUUAUGGGACUUAUCAAGAGUUACAACUCUUUACUAAUGCUGUAGAAAGGUAA